CGCAAAUGCUUGACUCAUGCUAUAAAAGGAUACAUGAACAGAUGGUUUUACGUUUAUUGCAAGAACACGAGUCUACACGGGUUUCGUUAUAUAAAAAUGGAUAGGUCGACAAUGAUCGAGAAUGCCCUUUGGUUUGUGGUCUGCGCAUCGUCCAUCAUAUUCUGCGUUAUACUCAUGCUACGUUUAUGGAAUACUUAUUCCAACAAUCCCAUAGUGACGACCAUUGAUACGACGAACCCGAUAUGGAAAGUGUCCUUUCCCGGCGUCACGAUAUGCAAUAAUAAUAAAGUUUAUCUUCCGCACGCUAACGUUAUCGCCCAAAAUUUAUAUACGAAUGGAUUCAGCAUAGAGGAGACUGAAAUUUUCUUUUCUCUAAUAAAAUUGAUAAAGCCCGAUAAAAUCUCGAUUGACAAUGUAACUGCGUGGCAGAUUCUCAAUAAUCUUGACAUGACAGUCGAAAAACUCAUGAAGGAGUUAAUGCAGCCCUGCAGCGCAUUAUUGGUAAGAUGCGCCUGGAUCGGAGAGAUUUACGAUUGCAACAAAAUCUUUAAAACAGUCAAAUCCAAAGAGGGUUUUUGCUGCGCCUUCAAUUCGCACUACAAUUUGAACGUCAGGCACAAAAAAUAUUAUAAAGGCAAGCGCGGUGUUAAUUCAACCGAUUUGAACAUUACUUCUACGGAUCUGCCGGGUGUGCGCGAGAUUCUGAAAGCACCGGGAAGCGGUCGCGAUGGGGAACUUGCGGUUGCCUUAAAUGUCGAGCGUCACCUGUAUAAAGCUACCUCGCGCCCUUACGUAGGGGCCACUGUUAUGAUACACGAUCCGAUCGAUUUCCCCGACAUCGGUGCAAACAUGGCAUCCGUGUUACCUGGACACGUUUUGACGAUAUCUGUCAGCGGUACUUCCGUCAAAAGCAUGGAAAGUUUGCAAUAUCUUCCUAAAGAGAAACGUCUGUGUUAUUUCGACAGACAGAUAUCGAGUGAAAGUUAUAGCUAUCGUUAUAGCUAUCAAUCUUGCAUAUCGGAAUGCAUAGCACAAAAUACACAGCGAAUAUGCGGCUGCUUGCCGUUUUACUAUCCGAAGAUGCACAUAGGAAUAAGGACAUGUUAUCUGCCCGACCUUGAUUGCCUUUUAAGCGUUCGAAAGACGACGGAUUACUCGAAGAUAAGAACUUGCAGGAAAUGUCUACCUCAGUGCAGCGAUAUGACGUACCAUAGUAAUACGGAAGAUAUUAAGAUGGACAUUGUGGGAUUCGACUCCGAUAUAACACGUGGUUUGGAUAUAAGCAAUAUGUCCGUCAUGCAUGUAUUUUUCGGUGAUCUGUCAUACGUCGAAUAUCGCAGGGAGAAUAUUAUCAGCUGGGACACCCUUCUCGCGUCCUUCGGUGGGAUCUUUGGUCUCUGUCUGGGUGGUUCCGUGAUAAGUAUAAUAGAAGUGGUUUAUCUCUUGAUCAGACAAUUCUUCAAGAGACAGCCUGAAGAACAAGAGCGAUCGCGCUCUGAUACAAAUUUACCACCGGCAUCGGAAAUGUUUCUAUCGAUUCCCGUGGAAAGGAGAGACGUUCAGAAACUCCGAAGCCAUAAGAAGUCGAACGACAAGUCGCGCGUCUUCGUGAUAUCAACCAACCCUUCAACGGCGAACUUUGGCGUAUAUCGCGAUCCCGUUGCGUUUUAAAAAUCUUCCCUAACAUAUUAAAGUCAAUUAUUACGAUAAAGUUCUAAUCAAUUUUUCUCGGAUAGGAUAAGGAAUGAAUGUAUGUCUAUUUGUGUGUGAAUACAAUUAUAAUAUUUAUUAUUAUUCUCGAGCAAAAUAAUAAUUAUCUGUUAUACUUUAAAUGUGACGAGAUUUGUAGAUGAUUAGGAGACCUCACUGUGUACGGCACAUUUUACUUUAAAUUAUAAUACAAAUAUUUCACACUUA